AGAGCAGCUUGCUUGAUAAUAAGAAUCAUUAUCAUAGCUCAGUCAUAUUUACCUGCAGGUAGCCAUUAUGAGCUUAUAUGUUUGAGGGCACAAAUUUUACUCGGGAUUGUCAGUUUCAGAUAACAUUAGCGACUGUAUAUAUUACAUCGUGUCUACGGACCUCACCGAAAGCUAAUGCUAAGCUAGUUCCUAAUGUCACAGACUGGAGAAACGAUUUUCUGACCUGAAAGUGAGUCAUGGGCAAAAGCUGUAAGGUGGUUGUGUGUGGCCAGGCUGCAGUUGGCAAAACAGCUGUACUGGAGCAACUACUGUAUGCCAAUCAUGUUGCAGGUUCAGAGCCCAUGGAGACCCUGGAGGAUAUCUAUAUUGGCUCCAUAGAAACUGAUCGCGGCACACGAGAGCAGGUGCGCUUCUAUGACACCCGUGGGCUCCGGGAUGGGAUGGAGUUUCCUCGACAUUACUACACUUUUGCUGAUGGCUUUGUACUCGUCUACAGCAUUGACAGUAAAGAGUCCUUUAAGCGAAUGGAGGCCCUCAAGAAGGACAUCGACCGUCACAGAGACAAGAAAGAGGUCACCAUUGUUGUGCUGGGUAACAAGCUGGACAGGCAGGAUGAGAGGAGAGUCGACUCUAACAUGGCCCAGAACUGGGCGAAGAACGAGAAGGUGCGUCUGUGGGAGGUGUCAGUGGUGGACCGGCGUACACUGAUCGAACCCUUUGUCUACCUGGCCAGCAAAAUGACCCAACCUCAAAGCAAGUCCACUUUCCCUCUCAGUCGCAACAAGAAUAAGGGCAGUGGUUCUACAGACAGCUGAACGACCAGACACUGUUUUUAUGUUCGAGAGGAAGCAAAAAGGGAGAAGAGGUGUGUUAAAGGGAAUCUAGUUUUGCUAAAAAAAAAAAAUCAAAAAAAAAACCUAUUUCAAUAUUAUGAAGGACUGAGGUAGUAAGAGUUGGUUUGGAAAAUAUGGAUAAGCGAUAAUGAGAAAAGGCAGGAUGAUUGUAUGGAUAUUUAUAUAUACAGUGAGUACUGUUGGUUUAGCAUCCAUGUUCGAUGUUUUGAUAAAAUACUGCAAUUAUAAAUGAGUGACAAUGUUGAUCUUUUAUCAACAAUUUAAAGAAUGCAAAGUUUUUUUGUCAUUCCGUGUAUAUUAGUUUGGAUUAUGGUCAAAAUAUUCAUACACAUUCUUGAUUAUUACAGCUGUUGACAUCAGCAGCCAUGUUUGGACUUGCAGCUCUUAAACUACUGACAAUCAACAUUUUGCUCUCAGACUCAUGGAGCUCACUGUAUAGAUAAAUUAGGACCUCGCACACAGAUACACUGGCUACUAUUUUAUUUACAUGUACACACAGGCUGAAUCAAAAAUGGCAGCAGUCACUCAUGUUACCUGAUUAUUGCGUCACACAAAUGCUGAAUUUCACAUGUUGUAAAAGAUUUGAUAGGUGAAAGUCUUUUAUUGAUACAUUCUUGAUGAUGUGAUGUUUGUUGAUCUGGAGAGUUGUUACACUAUAUUUGUUCUUUACUGAGUUAUACUGUUGGAUGUUGUACAGUGAAUUAUUAACAUUCCUUACCACAUACUGCCUUCUAUACAGGCUGUAGAAACUGAAAUAUGAGAUAAAUGUUCAGGAGAAAGGCAGUUUCUGCAGGCUCAGGUGCUACUUUUUUUCUGCUUGUGACACAUAAAGACAUAGCACAUUCUAUAUAGUAAAAUGUUGCACCACGAACAGCACGACUCUUCAUGUAAUCAGUUACAGUCACUGAGGAAGUUGAAGCUGGUAUAUUUUUUACUAAGCUGUAAAGUAAAACCCAGGGCAUUCAUCAGCUGACCAUUGAACAGUCACAUCAGGGUGCAACAUGAGUCAAAAUAUCAGCAGCUUUUAAUGUUUGAUUGAAAAGGGGAAUCCGUUUAUUGUCUUUAUUCAUGUGUUUGUGCUUCAGGCUUUCAACACUAUGUAACAUACAUGCAACAUUUUUUGUGAAUAUCAAGCCUUUAUGUAUUAAUAUCCAUAAAAUGUGUUCACUUGAUAUUUGCUUGCAUGUUUUGCAAACACAUUAAAUGAUUUUUUGGGUCUAAACAGAA